GAACCCCGCUUUUGGCACACAGCAGCUCCGGAUGAUGCACGAUGUUUUCGUCGAGAAAGGAAAUAUGAUGUCCGACAUGCUGGGGAAAGAGGUCGAAGCUGUCGGUGGUAAGAUGACUACUGACAUGUCAGAGUGGUUCCGGCAAGUCACCUUGGAUAUCAUCGGGGAGGCGGUGAGUGGCGAGCCUGAACACGUUUUCAGCCGUGCCUUCUGACCUUCGCGCAGGAUUCGACUAUCAAUUCAACUCCCUGCAGUCGCACGGCAAAGAUGAAGCCGAGCUGAGCACGGUGUUCACUCGCUUGCUCCACGACCCCAACGUCAACUCGAACCGGGGCUUCCAGAUCGCACAGGCUAUAAUCCCAAUGCUGCGAGCUCUUCCGCUGCCUGGAACGGCACUCACUCGCUAUGCGAACGGGAAGCUGCGUGCGAUAGGGCAAGAGAUCUUGAACAAAUCCAAGGCCGGAUCUGCUGCUCUCAAAUUCGAGGACCUGUCAUCGGGCCGCGAUCUGUUGUCACUCCUCAUCAAGGCGAACGUGUCCAGUGAUGUUCCCGAGAGCCAGCGCAUGAGCGACGCCGAGGUGAUUGCCCAAAUUCCGACGUUCUUCCUUGCUGGGCACGAGACGAGCAGCACAGCGCUCGCCUGGGCAGCGCACGCCCUGUCGCGCGACCAGUCCGUCCAAGACAAGCUGCGUCAGGAGCUGCUCUCCCUUCCGACUGACACGCCGACCAUGGACGAGCUCAACUCACUCCCGUUCCUCGAAAAUGUUCUCAGAGAGACCAUGCGCUUGUAUGCGCCCGCGGUGAGCACUCAGCGUGUGGCGAACAGGGACGAUGUGCUGCCGCUUGGGAAACCGUAUGUUGACCGCCACGGCAUCUCGCAUGAGACUCUUCCGUUCGUCCCCACGAUUUUCUUAUCGGAGAAUAUGUGGUACUCAUAUCCAAAAAAAUCAACCAGGAUCCGCAGAGGACAACUUGUCACGAUUCCGAUCCUGGCCAUCAACACCGAUGAGGAAAUAUGGGGAGAGGACGCUCUUGAGUUCAGGUUUGCUCGGCUCUGGGCGACUUCGUAAGUGCAGGCCUAUGUUGAAUAUCUGCCAGGCCCGACCGCUGGGAUAGUCUCCCCGAGGCUGUACACACUAUUCCUGGAGUCUGGGCUCACCAGCUGACCUUCCUGGCUGGUCCGCACAGCUGCAUGGGUUUCAAGUUCGCCAUCGUUGAGCAAAAGGCGAUUUUGUUCGGCCUGCUGCGCAACUUCGCUCUCCUUCCUGCUGCUGAAGAAGUCAAACCUGCUGUCAGUACAUCCUUCCAACGGCCCGUCUCAUUUACUGCUGUAAGUGGCGAGGGCAGUCCGGUCUCUGCCGGCGGUCUCCAAAUUGUGGUCGAGGCCUACAAACGCAGAGCAUUUGCUUGAAAAGCAGAUAGCAUACCACAUGCCACAUUCAUUCGGAACACUCACUUAGAGGAGCACUUGCAUAUUUGUUGUUCAUUCACCAUUUCGAACUCAUAAAAUGGAAAUUAUAAGUCAACAUUUGGAAAACUAUUGAUACCAGCGGCAUUCUCAAUAUUAUUCGUGAUCUAGGGAUCGCGAAGCGUUGUGGUGACAAGCACGCCGAAGCCUGACACACCAACUUUCCCCUGUCGAGGGGGGUGGGGAAGGGGCUGAGUUGAGAAUAGAGCACCAGAAGAGCUUAGAUGGAUCACCCGGGAUAUCG